UUUUGACCCGGUGUUUUAAAAUGUCAAAAUCAGUUUGGGAAAUCGCAAUAGAGCAGAAUACGAAUAAGCCAGCACAAAAGGCCACAGAAACCACCAUAAUUUUCGCCGGGAACAAAGGAUCAGGGAAAAGUACUAUCAUUAGCCGAUUUCUUGAAAAAGAUGAAACCCCUAAACCUACUCUGGCACUUGAUUAUACAUAUGGACGGAAAAAUGCUGGAAAUUAUCAUACUAAAGCUGUGUCGCAUAUAUGGGAGCUAGGAGGUGGUGUACAACUUUCAGAUUUAAUCGGUGUCGUAAUGACAGCCAACAACAUUUUGAAUCUUCACCUCAUUUUAGUCAUCGAUCUAUCCAAACCAGAGGAACUUUGGAGUACUGUGGAUACUCUGCUGAAAUCAGCUUCCGCUCGUGUAGAUCAAAUGCUAAACCGUCUUCAUCAGAAAAACAUGACGCGAAUCCAAAAUAUUCUUAGUGAAAAUGCGAGAAAGAGAAUUCCAUCAAAACAUCCUGACGUAGAAUUAUUGAAUCCUUUUCCUUUGCCUCUUACAUUCUUGGGGACAAAACAUGACCUUUUAUUGACUCGAAACGUCGACCAGCAGAACCUUAUUUGCAAAACAAUUCGCUUUCUCAGUCACUAUUAUGGAGCGUCUAUUUAUUUUUCCUCUGCCAAAGAAGAUGCACUAUUUAAAAGGACAAGAGCCAUUCUAAAUCACAUCGCUUUCGGUGGCAAAGACUUAUCUAACGUACAAAUGGAAACAGAGAAACCAUUGGCAAUUCCAGUUGGUGCAGACUCAUUCUCAAAUAUUGGAACACCACCAAAUGCAAAUUUAGAAAUAGGAUGUCUUACAGCCAAAUCUCCAUUGGAAAUGUGGAAAAAUGCUUAUUGUAAUAAAUUUCCUCAAAAAUCUGAAUUAACUUGUAACUUGACAAAUCCAAGUAAAGAUCCACAAUACACUGAACCAUUGGUUGAUUCUGCAUGUAAACUAAAAGAUGAAGAAUUAGACAGUAAACGACAUCAAAAUGAACGAAAUAUGUUAAAUUUAUUAGAGAAAAUUACUUCAGAAGGAUUAAUUAUUGUUUAAGAUUUUUUUUUGUUCUACUGUACAGAUUUUCUAAUGU